AUGAGCACAGCAAAGAAAGACAAAACUGAAUCUUCUGACUUCAGCAUCAAAUCGGGAAUCUCCCACGAAGAAUUGAAAUCUGACUCCAAAAUCCAAGCAAAGGAAGCGAGAAGCUGUGACAGCCGUGAACUGCUGGAAUUGGAUUCAAAGGAAACACCAGACCUCAAAAACCCGUUUCUAGAUCCUUUUUUGGCUGAGCACUACGCAAAAGUAUAUGAGGAGAGUAAGUACGAAUGCCGAGCAGCCUUCGAUCCUCUUAUGGAAUGGACUCCAGAGGAAGAUAAAAAGGUGAUGCGAAAGGUGGACUUACGAGUCAUUCUCAGUGCAUGUAUCAUGUUUGCAGCUUUACAAGUUAAUAGAGGAAACUUACACGAAGCAGUUGCUGACAAUUUCUUGGAAGACAUGAAUAUGGAUACCGACGAUUACAACUUAGGAAACACAAUAAACUUUGUGUUCUUCUUGGCCGCAGAGCUUCCAUCUCAGAUUAUUUCCAAGGCUAUCGGUCCUGAUAUCUUUAUUCCCAUUCAGAUUUGUUCAUGGUGUAUUGUCGGAAUGUGCCAGGGUGCUAUGCAUAACCGAACGGGGUUUUUGAUUUGCAGGGCCUUGAUUGGUAUGUUUCAGGGUGGCUUUAUUCCGGACAUUGUGCUUUGGCUUUCUUACUUCUACAAAUCUGGAGAGCUCCCCCUUCGGUUGUCCUACUUUUGGACGGCUUUAGCUCUCACACAAGUGAUAACUUCUUUGCUUGCAUUUGCUAUUCUUAGAAUGAGAGGCAUUGGUGGCUUGACCGGCUGGCAAUGGCUCUUCAUAUUAGAAGGAGCUGGUACUUUUCUCAUUGGACUCUGGUCUUUUUACAUGAUGGUGCCUUCGGCGGUUCAGACGAGGAGCAAAUUGCACCCCAAAGGGUGGUUCACUGAGAGGGAGGAGAAAAUCGUUGUCAACAGAAUUCUCAGAGACGAUCCAUCGAAAGGUGGUAUGCACAAUAGACAAGCGUUGUCUCUAAGGAUGAUAAUCCGUUCCCUCUUCGACUACAACUUGUGGCCUCUCUACCUCAUUGGUCUCUUUGCUUAUAUUCCGAUGCGGACAGUAAAGCCAUACAUGGUAUUGGCAAUGAGAAAUCUUGGGUUCAGUACGUUCGAUUCCAACUUGUUGACCAUCCCGCUGCACAUCAUACAAAUUAUCUUCAUGCUUGCAGCAACGUGGUUUUCUGAGUACGUCGAUGAAAGAGGCUUUGUAUGUCUAUCGUUGCCUGUGAUGACAGUACCAUUUUUGGCAGCUAUGAGGUGGUGGGAAGGCACCAUGGAGAAUGCCUGGGUCACCUGGUUUUUGGUCACCAUGGUGCUUUCUGCACCUUACAUCCAUACUAUCGUGGUUGCCUGGGUGUCGAGAAAUGCCAAUUCCAUCGAAUCUCGUUCUAUUUGUUCAGCCUUGUACAAUAUGUUCGUUCAAGCUGGUAGUAUCAUUGGUUUCAACAUGUAUCGAGAGGAUGACUUGCCCAAGUAUAAGAGAGGCAACAUGCAGCUUUUCUUCAUCAUGGUGAGUGUUUUUCCCAUCAUGCUUGGCACAAAGUUCUUUUACGUCUGGAAGAACAGACAGAGAGAUAAGAUCUGGGAAACCAUGUCAGAGGAGGAGCAGCAGACCUAUAUUUCAGAAACCACUGACAAGGGCAACAAACGUCUUGACUUUCGUUUUGACAACUGA